UUUGCAAAGAAAAUAAAAAAAGGAAAAAAAAAAUUUCCAAAAGGAGGAAAGAGGAAGGAGAAGGAUGAGCAGCGAGACGAGACCAGUGCCAAGAAGAGAGAGUCCAUGGGGGAUGCCAGAGGGAGAUCAUCGCCAACCCAAGGCCCAUCGUUGCAAUGACCGAGCUGAGGAUGUCAUCCAAGCUUGUUUUGAAGGAAACCCAUUUAAGACAGUUCCGGGACCUUUUAAGCUCUUCUGGCAAUGCAUGCGUUCUAAACCUGGGGAGGAACCAACAGAGCCAUAUACGUAUUUGCAGCUGGAUCCCCCGAAGAGAGAAGUGAAGCUUGAGUAAAACCCCCUGAAAAAGUGCAUUGAGUGCAAUUUUUCAUUUGUUUAGUCGUUAUGAAACUGAAAUUUUUAGCACUUGCCGUUGGUUGUCCAUCUAGUAUCUUCUGGUUUUGACUCCCAGUUUUGAAGAGUAUUUAUGGACCAUUGACUAAAAAUAUUUGCUAUGAUAUGAUCUUUCAAGAUUUAUGGCAAUAUGUCGAGAGUAUGCAUAUGGAAUUGGAAGAAAAACUCAAAGGGCUUUUCCUUUCA